AUGGGCUUAGUAGAAGAGUAUGGCCGUGAACGUGUUUUCAAUACACCUUUGACCGAACAAGGUAUCGUUGGUUUUGGAAUCGGGGCAGCAGCAAUGGGACAUACAGUUAUUGCGGAAAUUCAAUUUGCCGAUUACAUCUUUCCUGCAUUUGAUCAAAUCGUUAACGAAGCGGCAAAAUAUCGAUUCAGAAGUGGAAAUCAACAUAAUGCAGGCAAAUUAACCAUUCGAAGUCCUUGUAUGGGUGUAGGGCAUGGUGCACUUUAUCAUUCUCAAAGCGUUGAACAAUUUUUCAUGCCAGCUGCAGGAUUGAAAGUCGUCGUUCCUCGUUCGCCUAUCCAAGCAAAAGGAUUAUUAUUGGCUUCCAUCCGAGAUGAGAAUCCAGUUGUAUUUUUAGAACCAAAGAUCCUUUAUCGUUCAAGUGUCGAACAUGUUCCUGUGGAUGACUUCACUAUCCCUCUUUCCACUGCUGAAGUUUUACAACCAGGUAAAGAUAUCACCCUUAUUUCAUGGGGAGCACCUCUUUAUUCAUGCGUUCAAGCAAUGGAAAUGCUCAAAAAUCCACCAGCUUCAAUCGCUCAACAUGUCCCGCAAUCGGUACGCAAUGCAUCAGUCGAAUUGAUCGAUUUACGUACAAUCUUACCGUGGGAUCGUAAGACAGUGGCCGAAAGUGUUGCAAAGACUGGUAGAUGCGUUAUCGUUCAUGAAGCUCCAAUCACUGCAGGUGCAGGUGCAGAAAUUGCUGCACAUUUACAACAAGCUUGCUUCUUAAACUUAGAAGCACCCGUUCGUAGAAUUGGUGGUUUUGAUACACCAUUCCCACACGUUCAUGAAACAUGGUACAAACCAGGACCCAUCCAAAUUAUGGACGGAUUAGUACGCAGUUUGACGUACUAA